GUGUGUGUGCACAGCAUUAGACAGCAGCAGUAACAGCAGCAACCAUGGCCGACAAAAAGGUAGCCGAACAGUACUAUGCCCCACCGCCCAAGCUGGGCAAAUGGGAAGGAUUUAGGACGUUCCUGUGGAACAGCGAAACCAGCCAAUGCCUUGGCCGUACCGGAUCCAGCUGGGCGAAAAUCCUCUUCUUCUACGUGUGCUUCUAUGCUGCCCUGAUCGGAUUCUUUGCCGCGAUGCUGGCAGUGUUCUGGCAGACGCUAGACAUGCAGAUGCCCAAAUAUCAACUGGACAGUUCGUUGAUUGGUUCGAAUCCAGGUCUGGGCUUCCGACCAACACCUCCAGAGUACCAGAAUGUGGAGAGUUCGUUAAUCUGGUACCGAGCCUCCGACAACGGAAACGUUGGCAUCUGGACCAAACUUAUCGAUGAGUUUUUGGAGCCUUACACACUAGAGGAAGAUAACCGCGUUGAUUGCUCGUUCGACAAUCCGCCACCGGAGGGCAAGGUUUGCAAAGUUCCUAUGACUAACUGGUCUCCGUGCGUCAAGGAUAACCGAUACAACUUUAAGAAGAAGAGCCCGUGCAUAUUCUUGAAGCUCAACAAGAUCUACAACUGGGUACCGGAUAUGUACAAUACCUCGACCAACUUGCCGGAAAAAAUGCCCGACGAUCUCAAAGAGCACAUCCGUGGUGAGGAAGCUCGAGGAAACAAAAACACUAAUGUAGUUUGGGUUUCCUGCGCCGGUGAAAACCCUGCCGAUAAUGAGCACAUCGGUGCUAUUCAAUACAUCCCGCGUCGUGGAUUCCCCGGAUAUUUCUUCCCGUACAAGAACGUUGAUGGAUAUCUGCCACCAGUAGUAGCGGUCUAUUUCGAAAAACCAAAGACUGGCGUGCUCAUCAACAUCGAGUGCAAAGCCUGGGCCCGCAACAUCAUGUACGAUCGGGCUGAGCGAAGAGGGUCCGUUCACUUCGAGCUGAUGAUCGAUUAAAUCGGUGGCUCGAUCGUAACAGUUUGAAG